AUGCACGGACCGCCCUCCGGCGACAGCGCAUGCCCAUUGCGCACGAUCAAGAGAGUUCAAUUCGGCAUCAUCAGCCCAGAUGAGCUUAAACGGAUGUCCGUUACAGAAGGGGGAAUCAAAUACCCCGAAACCACAGAAGGAGGACGUCCUAAACUUGGUGGCCUUAUGGACCCAAGACAAGGGGUCAUAGAACGAACUGGAAGAUGCCAGACAUGUGCAGGCAACAUGACAGAAUGCCCUGGCCACUUUGGGCACAUAGAACUGGCAAAGCCAGUUUUCCAUGUUGGCUUCGUAACAAAGAUAAUGAAAGUUCUUCGAUGUGUCUGCUUCUUUUGCUCUAAGCUAUUAGUGGAUUCAAACAAUCCAAAGAUCAAAGACAUCCUGAUAAAAUCUAAAGGGCAGCCCAGGAAACGUUUGACACAUGUGUACGAGCUGUGCAAAGGAAAAAAUAUCUGUGAAGGGGGGGAAGAGAUGGACAACAAAUUUGGAAUGGAACAGCAGGAGACUGAGGAGGACCUUACCAAGGAGAAGGGCCAUGGUGGCUGUGGACGCUACCAGCCACGUAUCAGACGCUCUGGCUUGGAGCUGUACGCCGAGUGGAAGCACGUUAAUGAGGAUUCACAGGAGAAGAAAAUCCUGCUGAGCCCUGAGCGUGUGCAUGAGAUCUUCAAGCGCAUCUCAGAUGAAGAGGACGUCAUCUUGGGCAUGGACCCCAAGUUUGCCCGACCAGAAUGGAUGAUUGUAACUGUGUUGCCUGUGCCUCCGCUGGCUGUCAGACCCGCUGUAGUAAUGCAAGGCUCUGCUCGCAACCAGGAUGACUUGACCCACAAGCUGGCUGACAUAGUCAAAAUCAACAACCAGCUGAGAAGAAACGAGCAGAGUGGUGCUGCAGCUCACGUCAUAGCUGAGGAUGUCAAACUGCUCCAGUUUCAUGUAGCCACCAUGGUGGAUAACGAAUUGCCAGGCCUGCCAAGGGCAAUGCAAAAGUCCGGCCGCCCUCUCAAAUCCUUAAAGCAGCGUCUAAAGGGGAAGGAGGGGCGAGUUCGAGGUAACCUUAUGGGCAAGCGUGUAGACUUCUCCGCCCGAACUGUCAUCACCCCAGACCCAAACCUGCAAAUCGACCAAGUGGGCGUACCACGAUCCAUUGCAGCCAAUAUGACCUUCCCAGAAAUUGUCACACCCUUUAAUAUUGACAGAUUACAAGAGCUGGUGCGAAGAGGCAACAGCCAGUACCCAGGAGCCAAAUACAUCAUCCGUGACAAUGGAGACAGAAUUGACCUGCGAUUCCACCCUAAACCAAGUGACCUUCACCUGCAGAUUGGCUACAAGGUGGAAAGACAUAUGUGUGACGGUGACAUCAUCAUCUUCAACAGACAGCCUACACUACAUAAAAUGUCCAUGAUGGGGCACAGGGUGCGAAUUCUGCCGUGGUCCACGUUUCGACUCAACCUUAGUGUCACCACCCCAUACAAUGCUGACUUUGACGGGGAUGAGAUGAACCUCCACCUGCCCCAGUCCCUCGAGACGAGGGCUGAGAUUCAGGAGCUGGCCAUGGUGCCGCGUAUGAUCGUCACACCCCAGUCCAACAGGCCCGUCAUGGGUAUCGUGCAGGACACCCUCACAGCUGUCCGCAAAUUCACCAAACGAGAUGUCUUUUUAGAGAGGGGUGAAGUAAUGAACCUCCUCAUGUUCCUCUCCACUUGGGACGGAAAAGUGCCUCAGCCAGCCAUCCUGAAGCCCCGUCCUCUGUGGACAGGCAAGCAGAUAUUCAGCCUAAUCAUUCCCGGACACAUUAAUGUGGUCCGCACACACAGCACGCAUCCUGACGAAGAAGACAGUGGCCCUUACAAACACAUCUCACCUGGGGACACCAAGGUCAUAGUGGAGAACGGUGAGUUGAUCAUGGGCAUCCUGUGUAAGAAAUCUCUGGGAACCUCUGCCGGCUCCCUCGUCCACAUCUCCUACCUGGAGAUGGGCCAUGACGUCACCAGACUCUUCUACUCCAACAUUCAGACUGUGGUCAACAACUGGCUGCUCAUCGAGGGUCAUUCCAUUGGUAUUGGUGACUCCAUUGCUGAUGCUAAGACCUACCUUGACAUCCAGAACACCAUCAAGAAAGCCAAACAGGAUGUGAUAGAAGUCAUCGAGAAAGCUCACAACAACGAGCUGGAGCCGACCCCUGGUAACACACUGAGGCAGACCUUUGAGAACCAGGUGAAUCGUAUCCUCAACGAUGCUCGUGACAAAACAGGAUCCUCAGCCCAGAAGUCUCUGUCUGAGUACAACAACUUCAAGUCCAUGGUGGUGGCAGGUUCUAAGGGCUCAAAGAUUAACAUCUCACAGGUUAUUGCUGUGGUGGGGCAGCAGAACGUGGAGGGUAAACGAAUCCCUUUCGGCUUCAAACACCGCACGCUGCCUCACUUCAUUAAGGAUGACUAUGGUCCUGAGAGUAGAGGCUUUGUGGAGAACUCCUACCUGGCUGGCCUGACUCCAACAGAGUUCUUCUUCCACGCCAUGGGAGGCAGAGAGGGUCUGAUCGACACAGCUGUCAAGACUGCUGAGACUGGUUACAUCCAGCGUCGUCUGAUCAAGUCCAUGGAGUCGGUGAUGGUGAAGUAUGACGGCACGGUGCGUAACUCCAUCAACCAGGUAGUUCAGCUGCGUUAUGGUGAGGAUGGCCUGGCAGGAGAGAACGUUGAGUUCCAAAACGUGGCAACGCUCAAACCCUCGCACAAGGCCUUUGAAAAGAAGUUUAAGUUUGAUUGUACCAAUGAGCGAGCGCUUAGGCGGAUGCUGCAGGAAGAUGUAGUAAAAGACGUGCUGACAAAUGCCAAUGUGCAGAGUUCCUUGGAGAAGGAGUUUGACAAGAUGAAGGAGGACAGGGAGGUCCUCCGAGCCAUUUUCCCCACUGGGGACAGUAAGGUGGUGCUGCCAUGUAACCUGGACAGAAUGAUCUGGAACGCUCAGAAGAUCUUCCGCAUCAACACUCGAACCCCCACAGACCUCAAUCCUCUAAGAGUGGUCGAGGGUCUGCAGGAUCUAAGUAAGAAGCUGGUGAUUGUGAAUGGUGAUGACCCACUGAGCAGACAGGCCCAGCAGAACGCCACUCUGCUCUUUAACAUCCACCUGCGCUCCACACUCUGCUCUAAACGCAUGACCCAGGAGUUCCGCCUUUCCACUGAGGCUUUCGACUGGCUGCUGGGAGAGAUUGAGACCAAAUUCAACCAGUCCAUUGCCCACCCAGGUGAAAUGGUUGGUGCUCUGGCUGCUCAGUCGCUGGGAGAGCCAGCCACCCAGAUGACCCUCAACACUUUCCACUACGCCGGUGUGUCAGCCAAGAACGUAACACUCGGUGUGCCUCGUCUAAAGGAGUUGAUCAACAUCUCCAAGAGGCCCAAAACACCCUCGCUGACUGUUUUCCUGCUGGGUCAGGCAGCCCGUGACGCUGAGAGGGCUAAGGACAUCCUCUGUCGGCUGGAACACACCACACUGCGAAAGGUGACGGCAAACACGGCCAUCUACUACGACCCCAACCCCCAGAACACGGUGGUGGCCGAGGACCAGGAGUGGGUGAACGUCUACUACGAGAUGCCCGACUUUGACGUGACACGCAUUUCACCGUGGCUGCUGCGCAUUGAGCUUGACCGCAAGCACAUGACCGAUCGCAAGCUGACUAUGGAGCAGAUUGCAGAGAAGAUCAACGCAGGUUUUGGAGAUGACCUUAACUGUAUUUUCAAUGACGACAACGCUGAAAAGCUUGUUCUGCGAAUCAGAAUCAUGAACAGCGAUGAGAACAAGUUCCAGGAGGAUGAGGAGGUGGUGGAUAAAAUGGAUGAUGAUGUGUUCUUGAGGUGCAUCGAGUCCAACAUGCUGACAGACAUGACCCUACAAGGCAUAGAGCAGAUCAGCAAGGUGUACAUGCACUUGCCCCAGACUGACAAUAAGAAGAAGAUCAUCAUCACAGAGGAUGGUGAGUUCAAGGCCCUGCAGGAGUGGAUCCUUGAGACAGACGGCGUGAGCCUCAUGAGGGUCCUAAGCGAGAAGGACGUAGAUCCCGUCAGGACCACUUCCAACGACAUUGUGGAGAUCUUCACGGUCUUGGGAAUUGAGGCAGUGCGAAAGGCUCUGGAGAGAGAGUUGAACCACGUCAUCUCCUUUGACGGUUCCUAUGUGAACUACCGUCACUUGGCUCUGCUCUGUGACACCAUGACCUGCCGCGGUCACCUGAUGGCCAUCACACGUCACGGCAUCAACCGUCAAGACACCGGACCACUUAUGAAGUGUUCCUUUGAGGAGACGGUGGAUGUUUUGAUGGAGGCGUCAUCCCAUGCCGAGAGUGACCCCAUGAAGGGUGUGUCGGAGAACAUCAUGCUUGGCCAGCUUGCCCCAGCUGGUACAGGAUGCUUUGAUUUGCUGUUGGAUGCUGAAAAGUGUAAAUAUGGCAUGGAGAUCCCUACAAACAUACCUGGCAUCAGCGUGGCUGGACCCACUGGAAUGUUCUUUGGCACAGUGCCGAGUCCCAUGAGUGGUAUGUCACCUGCCAUGACCCCAUGGAACACAGGAGCAACACCGGCCUAUGGUGCCUGGUCCCCCAGUGUCGGAAGCGGCAUGACCCCCGGAGCAGCAGGUUUCUCUCCCAGUGCAGCAUCAGACGCAAGUGGCUUCUCUCCAGGCUAUUCCCCGGCCUGGUCUCCCACUCCUGGGUCUCCAGGAUCUCCAGGCCCUGCCAGCCCGUACAUCCCAUCUCCAGGUGGAGCCAUGUCACCCAAUUACUCACCCACCUCCCCGGCCUACGAGCCCCGCUCUCCCGGAGGCUACACCCCUCAGAGCCCCGGCUACUCACCAACAUCGCCCUCCUACUCCCCCACAUCUCCCUCUUACUCCCCAACCAGCCCCAACUACAGCCCAACAUCUCCUUCCUACUCACCCACCUCGCCCAGUUACUCCCCAACGUCUCCGUCCUAUUCUCCGACAUCUCCCUCCUACUCCCCAACAUCUCCCUCCUACUCCCCCACCUCCCCGUCCUACUCCCCCACCUCACCGUCCUACUCUCCCACCUCGCCGAGCUACAGCCCCACAUCCCCAAGCUACAGCCCAACGUCCCCAAGCUACUCGCCCACCUCACCUUCUUACUCCCCCACCUCACCCUCUUAUUCUCCAACCUCUCCAUCCUACUCCCCCACUUCCCCGUCCUACUCACCCACCUCUCCCUCCUACUCGCCAACCAGCCCAAGUUACAGCCCCACAUCGCCCAACUACACGCCCACCUCACCCAGUUACUCCCCCACCUCUCCCUCCUACUCCCCUACAUCGCCUUCUUACUCCCCAACCUCCCCUAACUACACCCCAACCAGCCCCAACUACUCCCCAACUUCACCCUCAUACUCUCCCACCUCUCCGUCCUACUCACCCUCCAGUCCACGUUACACCCCGCAGUCGCCCACCUAUACACCCAGCUCCCCCUCAUACAGCCCCAGCUCUCCCUCCUACUCCCCCACCUCCCCCAAAUACACCCCAACUUCACCCUCGUACAGCCCCAGCUCCCCGGAGUACACACCCACCUCUCCCAAAUACUCCCCGACGUCGCCGAAGUACUCCCCAACAUCUCCAAAGUACUCUCCGACUUCUCCCACCUACUCCCCAACAACCCCAAAAUACAGCCCCACCUCUCCCACCUACUCUCCGACCUCCCCCACUUACACCCCCACCAGCCCCAAAUACUCCCCCACCUCCCCUACUUACUCGCCAACUUCACCCAAGUACUCACCCACGUCUCCUACGUACUCGCCAACUAGUCCUAAAGGCUCCACGUACAGCCCCACCUCCCCUGGAUACAGCCCCACCUCACCCACCUACAGCCCGGCCAUCAGCCCCGAAGACAGCGACGAGGAGAACAAUUGAUGAGCCGCGAAAGAGAAGGGGAGGCUGCUGAAGAAACCCCGUCACCUUGCGGGUGGACACCUUAAGGACAGCGCCUUUAACCAGCUGGAGCUGGCAGUACUUCUAGCCACAGGGGUCCCAAUUGUUAUUGUCUUUCUUUGGGACGUCUGUUGU